UUCACUCUCCUUCCUUGUCAAGUUAGAACAGUUGGAUCUUGGUGGCAAUGACCUGGAAGUACUGCCAGAUACUCUGGGAGCGCUACCAAACCUGCGUGAGCUUUGGUUAGACCGGAAUCAGCUCUCAGCCCUGCCUCCAGAACUGGGCAAUCUCCGCCGCUUGGUCUGCCUGGAUGUGUCGGAGAACAAGCUGGAGCAGUUGCCCAAUGAAGUCAGUGGGCUAGUAGCCCUGACAGACUUGCUCCUGUCACAGAACCUGCUGGAAUGCAUUCCGGAUGGGAUUGGUCAGCUGAAGCAGCUCUCCAUCCUCAAGGUGGACCAGAAUCGGCUGACAGAGGUGACAGAGUCAAUUGGGGACUGUGAAAAUCUGUCAGAACUCAUCUUGACAGAGAACAUGCUGACAGCCUUACCAAAGUCCCUCGGCAAGCUGGCCAAGCUGACAAACCUGAAUGUGGAUCGGAACAGGCUAACAUCCCUUCCAGCUGAGAUUGGAGGUUGUGCCAAUCUGAAUGUGCUGUCCUUGCGAGACAAUCGCCUGGCCCUCUUGCCACCAGAGCUUGCCAACACCACUGAGCUUCACGUCCUGGAUGUGGCCGGGAACAGACUGCAGAACUUGCCAUUUGCUUUGACAAACCUUAACCUGAAAGCCCUGUGGCUGGCAGAAAAUCAGUCCCAGCCCAUGCUGAAAUUCCAAACAGAGGAUGAUGAAAAGACAGGGGAGAAAGUUCUCACUUGUUACCUGCUUCCCCAGCAGCCCUCUCCUAGCCUAGAGAAUCUUUUGCAGAACAGUGUGGAUGAGAGCUGGACAGACACCAAUUUAAAUAGAGUCAGUGUGAUUCAAUUCCUGGAUGAACCCAAAGUGGAUGAUGAAGAUGAGUCUGGAGCUGAGAGACGGGGCUUACAGCGCAGGGCAACCCCUCAUCCCAGUGAACUGAAGGUUAUGAAGAAAGUGAUUGAAGUUCGGCGCAACGAGGUAUAUGCUGCAAAGCCUGACAUGGACCUGAAUUCUCCGAACUCAGAAGAGAAGAGGCUGAGCGCCAUGUCAAAUCGCAGUGAGGACUCGCACCUUUCCAACAGCACUGCCUCUGCUGACUUUAGGGGAGAGGAGGAGGGAGAGAGGACUGAAGAGGAGCAUAAGGAAGCUGCUGACCAAGAGGAAGAAGAUGUGGAAGUGGAAUACAAUGAGCCCACUGUGCACUUUGCUGAGGACACACUAAUACGGAGUGAGGAUGAGGAUGAAGAUGAAGAGCGACCAUUCCCAGUGGAGAAACAGAGGCUUAUCCGCAAGGACACGCCCCAUUAUAAGAAACACUUUAAGAUAACUAAACUGCCCAAGCCAGAGGCAGUGGUGGCACUCCUGCAGGGGCUGAACAGUGAUGGAGUCCCCAAAGAGGAAGAGGAGUUAGGAGGCUGCAAUAACAACACAGAGCCCGAGGAUCAGGAGGAAGUGUGGGAUGAGGAUGACAGAAAAAAUGGAGCUUUAUCUGCUCAGCCGUCAGUGAAGGGGGUGUCGUUUGAUCAAGCCAAUAAUCUGCUGAUUGAACCUGCUCGCAUUGAGGAGGAAGAG